GCGCAUCCCGCCCAGCUGAAAGAUGAUGUGCAAAGCCCUGGAGGUUCAUCAGUGUAUGGAAUGCACAAGCUGGAAAGGGGUGGAUUGAAGGGCCUUCUCAUGGAUGCUGUCGAAGCUGCUACUAGCCGAUCCCGUGCCACUGGCGAUAAAGCACUUCCUCGCGAUAUUAGAAAUACAGAGUUGUUUUAG